CUUGCAUCCACAUCAGCUUCUACGAUCGCAAAUACAAACCACACAAAUUAUGUUCGGUAAUCCCCAGUCAAAGCGAUCACACGAAAGUCCUAUGGACUGGGAAUGGCAAACUUCUGGACCGACUGAUCCCAAAUCACCAUUUCCACGAGGACCCAAUCGUGGAUUCGAAUCUCCAAAACCAACAAACUCCUUCAUGGGAGCAUCAUCUACACCUGCGCCGCCAUUUCGCAACCCUUCAUUUACUACCCCACGCAAACCUUUCGAUCAAGACCUCUUCUCAGAAGUUUCCGGCGCAGAGUCAUCGCCUGCAGACAACGCAGAUGCAGAAGACACUCCCGACUUCCCAAAGCAGAGCCAAACCAUGACUUUCUCCAGCGGCACUGUGAGACAACCUAUAUUUGGCAGAUACGGGGCAGGCUUUCUGGGAAACAGUCCUGGCAGAGCAGAUCAGCGAAGAGGCAAAUAUGCAAAUGCGAUCGUACAGAAGGUACGGAAGAGAAAGCGGAUGGAACGAGACUAUGCUUUAAUUAGAGGACACCGAGAUGGAUCGGAUUCGGAAUCUGAAGACAGCGAGACUCGUCCAAGAAGUCGAAGCAGUAAGCAUUCGAAGCCAGAGCCUGCUCAACCGGGCUGGUUUGCCUCUAUCUUCAACUAUAUCGAAUCGCAUCCCAAUCUUCCGAAUGUUCUUUCAUACUAUGCACAACUCGGCGUUAACGGUUUCAUCGCUGCCUUGACCAUCUUCGGAAUCUACUCUUUCUGGAUGACAGUACGAGCAGACGUUGACAAGGCUUCUGAGAAGGAACGAGCCCUUGUGCUUGCUGAGAUAGCCAAAUGUGCCCAGGAGUUCGUUGUCAACAAGUGCGGCGCCGAUAUGCGACUACCAGCUCUUCAAGUCCCAUGCGACAACUGGGAGCACUGUAUGAAUAGGGACCCGAACAGUAUCGGUAGAGCUCAAGUCAGUGCCCACACAUUCGCCCAGAUCUUCAAUAGCUUCAUCGAGCCUAUAAGCUAUAAAGCCAUGAUCUUCGUCGUCAUGAUCGUCACAGUCUGUAUCCUCAUCAACAACCUCGCCUUCAGCACCUUCCGCUCCAAGACGAACCACCACAAUAUGCCCACUGCACCACCUUUCUACCCCCAACAACAGCCACCCACGCCCUUCCAAUGGGGAAACCCUCCUCAGACGCCCCAGCACAAUGCCAUGGGUUACGAUAUUUACGGUGGCCAGACGUACCAGCAAAUCAUGCCGAGUCAGACGCCCGGUCAGAGAAGUCCGAGUAAAGGGAAUAGGAGCCCGAGUAAGGGAGAUCGGUAUUUAAUGGAAUGAGGGAGCGAUUCAGCAGUGACUUUUGAGCCACUGAGGAAGUGGUUGAUGGCGUUGAUAUUCUUGCUUGUUUCGUUUUGGUGUUUUGAUUUGGUACUGCAUGCUUUGGCGUUCUUGGUUGGAGGUUCUACUGGGAGAGAGGAUCGGAGGAGCAUUGAUUGGGGUCAACUGUACCAAUACAUAGGGUACACACAUAGGUACCCCCAGGACUUCCAAUGUUCGGAUAUGUCCAGUAUACGAGGAAUUGAAUACAGCAAAGAUACAGCACUUUUUCGUCCGCUCUUCUAGCGAAUCAAUGUCUUCUGUCUCCUUACAAUCCUCCUUCCUACUCAUUGCUCGAAAUUCCAGCACGUUACAUUUCAC